UGUAACAAGGUAGCCUGCAUAAUACAAUCGACAUAAUUAAUUAUUUGUUUUCCAGAAUUCCCCAUGUUAUAUGAAAAGCCAGGAACAUAAUAUGGAAUCUGAUAUCAACGUACUUUAAAAAGUAAAUCGUCUUUACGCUCUCUGUCUGAGAAAAAUUAGACUAAUUACCUUUUGUUUUUGCGUGUUGCUUUAUUUGUUUUUGUUUUUGUUGCCUUUUAAUUUUUUGGUGAAAAGGACGGGGUGAAGGUCUUUUAAUUACUACAGAAAUAAAUGUAACAACAUUUACAGCAGUUCAUUUAUUCCACAAAACUCGCCUCUACAAGGGUAUCUGUGGAGACUCUAAUUAGCGGUGCCAAAUCUUUUACUCACAUUUACAGAACAACAUCCUUCGAACUUAUUGAACUGCAAUGCGGAUGUAUAUAAAGUACUAAUCAUGACAACUUCCAAGCGAACACACUACCACUACUUUGGAGCAUUUUCAUCUGGUGUGGAAGAGGUCUGAAAAUAAUUUAAGAAACACGUAAACAUCUUCAUCCGAAAUAGACUUUUAGCGGUCGUGAUGUUCCGCUCACUUUUCAGAUACUAUUAUACCUGUGGUAGGAAGAAGAGAUUGGUGGAGAGUGCCAACAGCUCAUGUUGAAUGUCCUCUGUCAAAGUGAAUGACGACUUGAAAAUUUGAGUGGAAAGUUCCCACGAAUUUGUGUAUAGUAUAGUCAUGGCUGGCAACAUCAACAGCCCUGGUUCAAAGAGGUCACCUUACGACCUUGACCUUUUGAACCAGCUGACGAACAACAUCAUGAAGAAAUACGGAUCGGAGUUCGAGCUGGUCAGCAAAUUGACCAACUUGAAGAACCGUCCGAGGCCGAAAUCGGAGCAGCUGAGCAGCCGCUCUGUGUCCAGUCUGCCCUUGGUAAAGGUCACGGGGCCGGAUGUGAGCGACGGUCAAGGUCAGUCGAUGGAGUAUUUGCCGACCAGGUCGCAGUCCAACCCGUGCUCUCCCCGGGUGACCCGUCGGGCCUUCACGACCUGUCUGGACGGCACGCAGUACAUCAUUG